AUGUGGCUAACCUUACUAUGGCAUUUGUAUAGGGGAAUGUGGCUGGAAGCUUAUGAUGCUGACAGCCAGCUAUAUCCCUCUGCCAUGUCCCCUGUCUGUUAGCCUGUCUCCAGUCCUAAUGAUCUUGGAGACAGGACAUGAAUUCACAAAGUUAGUUGGCUUCUGGGUUAAAAACGAAGACUUCUUGAGGAGUUUGAAAGGUUAUAUAGUUAUACUGUCUUUUUGUGGUGGUUUUCUUUGGUUGGGGGGAAUCAGUGAAAUGGAUUUAGUAAGGCAAUAAAGUUAAAAUUUGCCUUCAUUAGUAAAAUGUUACUUAUUCUUUUUUUUAGCAAAGAAAAAGAGGCAAGUUUUAGAUAUAAUAUUUUAAAUUAUUAUAUUUUGUUUUUCCUGCUCCCCUUCUCAAAAAACCACAUGGAAUAUUCCAUUCAUUACUGCUCGAGAAAGUCAUUACUUUGCAGGCUGCUGUUGCUGAAAUGGUUUAGUGGAGGAAAUGUUUCCUGGCAUAUUUUUAGUGAUUUUUUUUUGGUAGUUGUCAUUUGAGUAUCCAAACUGUAGCAAACAAAGAGAAGCUGAUUUAAAUUUAUAUUGGGGAAACCUCUUUGUGAAGCAUUUCAUCAGAUGAUUUCCUAUCAACCUCAUAUCUUGAGAAGACGGAUUAAUGAAACAGCAUCUGAAGAAGGAGUGGACUCUUGUGGAAUAAGCCCUGACAUCUUCCACAGUGUUUUGUGGGGUAAUUUCAAGUUCUUCAGAUACAGAUUACAUAAAGAAGAUUGUAGGGCACGUGACAGACUCUGGUUUCUUGUAUUUCAGAUAGUAGAAAAAUUGCUACCUCUAAGAAUGGAUCCUGGAGCCAUCUAGCUACAGUUAUAACUUUUUCAUUUAUGGUUUUAUCUCACAACUCUAUUUUUAUUUACAUUUUUUGUUCAACCAAGCAACUUAAAAUAGUUUGGUUUUUGUAUAAAAUAUUGUAAUGGUAAAGUAAUGGAUUGCCUGUGCAUUGUAACCACAAAGAAAUACAGGUAUCAGGAUGAAGAUACACCUCCUCAAGAGCAUAUUUCCCCACAAAUCACGAAUGAAGUGAUAGGUCCAGAAUUGGUUCAUGUCUCAGAGAAGAACUUAUCAGAGAUUGAGAAUGUCCAUGGAUUUGUUUCUCAGUCUCAUAUUUCACCAAUAAAGCCAACAGAAGCUGUUCUUCCCUCUUCUCCCACUGUCCCUGUGAUCCCUGUUCUGCCAGUCCCUGCUGAGAAUACUGUCAUCCUACCCACCAUACCACAGGCAAAUCCUCCUCCAGUACUGGUCAACACAGAUAGCUUGGAAACACCGACUUAUGUUAAUGGCACAGAUGCAGAUUACGAAUAUGAAGAAAUCACACUUGAAAGGGGAAAUUCAGGGCUUGGUUUUAGCAUUGCAGGAGGUACGGACAACCCACACAUUGGAGAUGACUCAAGUAUUUUCAUUACCAAAAUUAUCACAGGGGGAGCAGCUGCCCAAGAUGGAAGACUGCGGGUCAACGACUGUAUAUUACGAGUAAACGAAGUAGAUGUUCGUGAUGUAACACAUAGCAAAGCAGUUGAAGCAUUGAAAGAAGCAGGGUCUAUCGUACGCUUGUAUGUAAAAAGACGGAAACCAGUAUCAGAAAAAAUAAUGGAAAUAAAGCUCAUUAAAGGUCCUAAAGGUCUUGGGUUCAGCAUUGCUGGAGGUGUUGGAAAUCAGCAUAUUCCUGGGGAUAAUAGCAUCUAUGUAACCAAAAUAAUUGAAGGAGGUGCAGCGCAUAAGGAUGGCAAACUUCAGAUUGGAGAUAAACUUCUAGCAGUAAAUAAUGUAUGUUUAGAAGAAGUUACUCACGAAGAAGCAGUAACUGCCUUAAAGAACACAUCUGAUUUUGUUUAUUUGAAAGUAGCAAAACCCACAAGUAUGUAUAUGAAUGAUGGCUAUGCACCACCUGAUAUCACCAACUCUUCUUCUCAGCCUGUUGAUAACCAUGUUAGCCCAUCUUCCUUCUUGUGCCAGACACCAGCAUCACCAGCCAGAUACUCACCAGUUUCUAAAGCAGUGCUUGGAGAUGAUGAGAUUACAAGGGAACCUAGAAAAGUUGUUCUUCAUCGUGGCUCAACAGGCCUAGGUUUCAACAUUGUAGGAGGAGAAGAUGGAGAAGGAAUAUUUAUUUCCUUUAUCUUAGCUGGAGGACCUGCUGAUCUAAGUGGAGAGCUCAGAAAAGGAGAUCGUAUUAUAUCGGUAAACAGUGUUGAUCUCAGAGCUGCCAGUCAUGAGCAGGCAGCAGCUGCAUUGAAAAAUGCUGGCCAAGCUGUCACAAUUGUUGCACAAUAUCGACCUGAAGAAUACAGUCGUUUUGAAGCUAAAAUACAUGAUUUACGGGAGCAGAUGAUGAAUAGUAGUAUUAGUUCAGGGUCAGGUUCUCUUCGAACUAGCCAGAAGCGAUCCCUCUAUGUCAGAGCCCUUUUUGAUUAUGACAAGACUAAAGACAGUGGCCUUCCCAGUCAGGGAUUGAACUUCAAAUUUGGAGAUAUCCUCCAUGUUAUUAAUGCUUCUGAUGACGAAUGGUGGCAAGCCAGGCAGGUUACACCAGAUGGUGAGAGUGAUGAAGUUGGAGUGAUUCCCAGUAAACGCAGAGUUGAGAAGAAAGAACGAGCCCGAUUAAAAACAGUGAAAUUCAAUUCUAAAACGAGAGAUAAAGGGCAGUCAUUCAAUGACAAGCGUAAAAAGAACCUCUUUUCCCGAAAAUUCCCCUUCUACAAGAACAAGGACCAGAGUGAGCAGGAAACAAGUGAUGCUGACCAGCAUGUAACUUCUAAUGCCAGCGAUAGUGAAAGUAGUUACCUAAUCUUGAUUACAGAUGAGUAUGGCUGCUCAAAAGGUGGUCAAGAAGAAUACGUCUUAUCUUAUGAACCAGUGAAUCAGCAAGAAGUUAAUUAUACUCGACCAGUGAUCAUAUUGGGACCUAUGAAAGACAGGAUAAAUGAUGACUUGAUCUCAGAAUUUCCUGAUAAAUUUGGAUCUUGUGUUCCUCAUACAACUAGACCAAAACGAGAUUAUGAGGUAGAUGGAAGAGAUUAUCAUUUUGUGACUUCAAGAGAGCAGAUGGAAAAAGAUAUCCAAGAACAUAAAUUCAUUGAAGCUGGUCAGUAUAACAAUCAUCUAUAUGGAACAAGUGUUCAGUCUGUGCGAGAAGUAGCCGAAAAGAGCAAACACUGUAUCCUUGAUGUGUCUGGAAAUGCCAUAAAGAGAUUACAGAUUGCACAACUUUACCCCAUCUCCAUUUUUAUUAAACCUAAAUCCAUGGAAAAUAUCAUGGAAAUGAAUAAGCGUCUAACAGAAGAACAAGCCAGAAAAACGUUUGAGAGAGCCAUGAAACUGGAACAGGAGUUUACUGAACAUUUCACAGCUAUUGUACAGGGAGAUACGCUGGAAGACAUUUACAACCAAGUGAAGCAGAUCAUAGAAGAACAGUCUGGUUCUUACAUCUGGGUACCAGCAAAAGAAAAGUUAUGAAAACUGAUGUUUCUCUAUUUCUCUUUUCCACAAUUCCAUUUUCUUUGACAUCUCUUUGCCCUUUCCUCCGGAGUCUUUCUUCAACACUUACUUCAUGGUGAAUUAUAUCCCACACGUUAUGGUCUGCAGUUGCGCUUAUUUUUUACAUGUAGUGUCUCCUUCAAAUUAUAUCAUGUGUAUUAUUUAAUGUCACUAUUGGUUAGUGGCCAUUUUUCAGAACUGAAGAUGGAAUGGCCUGAUCAGCUAUUAAGAAUUUGGGGAGACGCAGAAAUUGUGGUAAAAUUCCUUAAUGUUUAAGGGAAAGUAACUUUAAGAGAUUUUCUGAAAAGCUUUAUAUACAUUCUUUUCAAAUUUCAGUACAAAUGAAAAAGUGGUUUUAAUCAGUGAUUUUUAGUAGACUUUGAGCAACUAUGCACGCUUAAGUUUAAUAGCAUGGUUUGGCCAAUGUAGUAUUCUCAAGUCCUUUUCUCAACUUCUGUCAUCAAAGCAGUUGUUUCAUUUUAGACAAAUAAGGAAGACAUGAUUUUUAAUUUCAAAAUUAAUGUCUGAGUUAACUUUCAUAAGGGAUUUCAUUUUUCCUAAGAGUUCUUAAAGUCUUUAUUAUUUGAGGGUUCUUUUUUCCCAGUACAUCUGCUAGGAAUAAUAACAUGUAAAUGUUUUUCAUCUACUUGAGCAACACUGUCGUGUCUUACAGAAGUUGUUCAUACGUAAUGAUCAUCACAUUUUCUGAAUUGAGGCCAUGUUCAGGUGCUAAGGAAGUUUACCUUUUACACAGAAGGUUGAGAAAAUUUCCUAGAUAUAAAUACAGACGAAACAGUGGUGAUGUUGUAACCAUAAUGGCAAUGGAAAAGGAGUCCAAUUCAUAGCCUAAAAUGUAAAAUGUAUUCUUAGGAGUCAGAUUUUACUGAAUAUUUUACCCACAAUAGCUGCCUAUUUUGUUAUAAUAAAAUAUAUAUAAAUAUAUAUAUAAACCUUUCUUUAAACUCUGUAACUAUGGGAAUUAUUGUCUUUACAUAGUUGCACACACACACAUAUAUAUAUAUAUAUUUAAAAUAUAUUUUGUUUCUUUUACCACCUACUCCUAACUUUUUGUUUGGUUUUUAAAUUAAAUAUUAAUUGAAUAGACUUAUCUUCCUUAAUCAUGUGAACUGAAAAUGGGAGCAUGGCGGUCGUGAGGAGAAACAUUUAGGGAAAUUAGAUUAUAAGUAAAAGUACGGGCAUAUUCUCCUCUUUCCUGCAAAAGUUUUCAAAUGGUUCCUGGGGUUUUUUGUUGUUAUUGUUACUGUUGUCCUUGUCAUCAGGUUUGAUUUUGGUCCUUGCCCUUUCCUUCUAGUUCUCCUUUUAUUAAUAGGAAGGCAGGCAGAAGCCCCAUUUAUGUGUGUGUGUUCCCCUCGGACACCUUUCAUCCGCUGCUCUGCAGUAGCAUUGCACAGAUCUUCAUGGUGAGCAAUUUUAGGAAAUCUUAGUGAAAGGUAGAAAUGAUUUCAGAAAUCAAUUUCUCUGGUCCUUUAUAUUAAUAAUAUUUGGCUUCCCAUUGCUCUUUGGAGUUGUUUAUUAAAUACGUGUUAUGACAACCUCUUCAUUACAGUUUCUUAAAUGAGUACUGGUUUGUAAAGAAUUAUCAACGUUAUCCAUUCCAUUUAUGAAGAAGAGGAGAACAGCUAAUAAACUGUAUUGUAAAACUCAUAUGUUAAAUGUGUCUUGAAUUUUGAAAGAAAAAAAUAUUUUAUAAGCUAACAAAUUCUUGAAACAAUUUGAAGCAUCAUGUAAUUUAUAAAUGAAUUCAGGAGCCAUUAGGCAACAGAAUAUGUUAACACAUUGAAAUACACACACACACACAAUUGCUGUUAUACUAAAUAUUGUAGAUUGUUAACCAGACAUAAACAUACUAGAAGAAAUCUGUAAAAUCUCAAGAGCUUCAGAAAUUGUCUUACAAGACCCCAGCAUAAGCUAUUUUGAAGUAUUUGCCAAAUAGUCACAUGUCGUAAAAUAUCAAGCGGUUAUAAAAGGAUGUCAUUUAUGUAUUAAAAUCUUUGUAAGAUUGUUUUCUGGA